CACCGGCGGUUUCCGGAAGCCGGUACCGCCCUCCCCGUCAGUCGGAGUCCCGCGGCAGGGGAGUGGAGGUCGCGCCGUGAGCUGUCGCCGGUCCCAGACCUCGGGAGAAGACAAUGGCCUUGCUUUGCUACAACCGGGGCUGCGGCCAGCGCUUCGACCCCGAGGCCAACGCGGAAGAUGCUUGCACAUACCACCCAGGUGUUCCAGUCUUUCAUGAUGCACUGAAGGGUUGGUCUUGCUGUAAGAGAAGAACAACUGAUUUUUCUGAUUUCUUAAGCAUUGUAGGCUGUACUAAAGGUAGGCAUAAUAGUGAGAAACCACCUGAACCAGUCAAGCCUGAAGUAAAGACUACUGAGAAGAAAGAACUAUCUGAAUUGAAACCCAGGUUUCAGGAACACAUCAUUCAAGCCCCCAAGCCAGUAGAAGCAAUAAAAAGACCCAGCCCAGAUGAACCAAUGACAAACUUGGAAUUAAAAAUUUCUGCCUCCCUAAAACAAGCACUCGAUAAACUUAAACUGUCAUCCGGAAGUGAAGAAGAAAAGAAAGAAGAAGAUGGUGAUGAAAUUAAAGUUGGGACCUCAUGUAAAAAUGGAGGGUGUUCAAAGACAUAUCAGGGUCUGCAAAGUCUAGAAGAAGUCUGUGUAUAUCAUUCUGGAGUACCUAUAUUCCAUGAGGGGAUGAAAUAUUGGAGCUGUUGUAGGAGGAAAACAUCUGAUUUUAACACAUUUUUGGCUCAAGAAGGUUGUACAACAGGAAAACAUAUGUGGACAAAAAAGGAUGCUGGGAAAAAAGUUGUUCCAUGUAGGCAUGACUGGCAUCAGACUGGAGGUGAAGUCACAAUUUCAGUCUAUGCUAAAAAUUCUCUUCCAGAACUUAGUCGAGUAGAAGCAAAUAGUACAUUGUUAAAUGUACACAUUGUGUUUGAAGGAGAGAAGGAAUUUCAUCAAAACGUGAAAUUAUGGGGUGUGAUUGAUGUGAAGCGAAGUUAUGUAACUAUGACUGCAACUAAGAUUGAGAUCACCAUGAGAAAAGCUGAGCCCAUGCAGUGGGCAAGUCUUGAACUACCUACCACCAAAAAGCAGGAAAAACAAAAAGAGGUCGCCAAUUGAAUGGGAAGAAGCAAAAGCUGUGGCAAUUUCAUAAUACUGAGUAGUAUGUGAUGAAGGGAUGGCUUCUUUUUGUUGUUGUUUUUAAAUCUGGCAUUUCAGGGUCAACGUGUGAGGUUCUCAAAGCCAAAGUCAUUUUCUCUUUAUGUGCCUCCCAUCUUCCUUUUAAGUUCUAUAAUGUUGAUUAUUUAUUUCUCCUCACUGGUUUUGACCCCCAUCCUUGAAGAAGAUGGAGAAUUGCUCAAUAACAUCAUUGCAGUAUUUCUUAGUAUUUCUAUUAUGUUAAAUAGUGAAAUAAAAGGCACCUUUGUCUUUUCCAUGUCUCUGUUAUCCCAUAAUUAGGAAUUGAGAUGAACUGUUUAAAUUUCUAUCAGAUUUUUCAUGGAUCUUUGUUCUUAUAAUGCUUGAAAACCUUAAAGAAAAGCAGCUGCUCUGUGUUGUUUCCCUAGGGUAGUUAAUUCUUUUUAGGACUGAUGAUAGUAAAUAGGAAGCUAAAGGAGAGUAUAUUGCUACCAAAUGAGCAUUUGUUUACAAUCAAUUUAGUUUAAAAACUAUUACUUGCCAAACUGUAUGAUUUGAAAGGAUAGAAAUAUAGAUAAAGUUAUAGAAGUAACAAUUUGUUUAAAAUUCACCAUUUAUAAAACUAAGCAAUAAUGUUUUUUAAAAAAAAAGCGUGUUUUUUGUUUUUGUUUUUUUUGGUGCUGGUGAUUGAUCUUGGUUAGCACCUUGCUCUUUCUAGUCAAGUGCUCUUCCACUGAGCUAAAUCCCCAACCCCUAUUUAGAUAUCUUUAUAUGGUGUUGUGACUAAAUUGUACCUUAUCUAUAGUCGCCUGUUAAUUAGUUGCAGAUAUAAAGAAAUUUUAUAUAUUUGGUUUCCCUGCUAGGAAAAUUGCAAUCAUAAAAGUCAAAAUCUUAAGGGUUUGUGGAAAUAUGUUAAGGUAUAGCAAAACUAAAUAUAUAACCCUUGGUUUAUACCAACGGUCUAUUUCAUAUUAACUAAAUUAAAGAGCAUAAUUCUUUUGGAGUUUUUCUUAAGACUUUUAUGAAGACCUUGACAAUUUUUUAAUACAGUGCUCAUUUAUAUGUUGUACUUUAUUUGUAUUAAAUAUAGAUGGAACAGAAUUUUAAUUAUUUGAUCCAGUUAGAUUCAUUUGUACAUAGGUUACUUUUUGAGCUGGUGCUGAACUCAAGAAGGAAAUUUAAAUUUGGAAAUGUUAUAAAGGUCAAAAGUCUGGCAGCUUGAUAAAUUUGGGGACUAUGGGACUAACAGGAAAAGUAAAAAAGGGAGGAGGGGCUAUUUUUCAAAUCACUAGGAGGUUUUCUUGGUAUUAAUGGAAGUCUAAAGAAAAAUUAAAGUGGAAGUAAUAUUUUAGUAGUUUGUAUCUGUUCCACUAGUAGGAGAUAACUUUACUAGUAUUCUAUUGCCAAUACUAAUAUAAUUUAGAGAUCCAGUUCUGUCACAAGUUUUAAAACAAAAGGUCUGGUAACUGGGUUUUCAUGAUAAUAAUAUGAAAAGAAAGUUUUAGCAGUAAAGAUUGUAUCCAACUUUAGUUCUUAUAGAGAUGUAUUUAAAGUUUUUACAAUUGCCUUUUACAUUUAGAAACAUGGGUUCGUUUAGAGGCAUGAAGUUUUUAUUUUAUUUGGAAUAAUAGUUAAAACUUAUAAAUGCCUACUUUUUGAGAAUUUUUUUCUCUGGACAAUAGCCUACUCUGUUAUGAUUAAACUAUUAAACAAGUAAAAUAUUCUAAUUUUAGACUUAGUUUACAAGGCACUGUUUGUUCAUUUUUCUGAUACAGCUGUGUUGUGUAGACAGUAAUGACCAUUUGUUUCUUAUUCCUGAGAAUCUCUGAAUGUGCUGCCCAUAUAAUCCAAGCAAAAUUUACCUAAACUCUAAAAUUGCAUUUCAUUAUAUAGAAUAUGAUUUAGCCCCUCAACAUGUUCAUAAUUGUUAAUAAAACUGCUUUAAUUUUAAUGAA